CGGUCAGAAGAUCUUUUGCGAUUCAACAAAGACGGAUCCAGUUCAGUGGUUUCGCAAGUUUGAACUCAUGUUGCAGCUGCACCUCGUCAGCGAAUGCAAGCACCACGUGUACUUAUACUCUCGGUCGGGAGGCGCAUGCCAGGCAUGGUUGGACAAUCUCUUGUCCCAGUACGGGGUGGUCGCUGCCGAGUUACACACGAAGAUCAACUGGGAAGACCUCAAGGCGGCGUGGCACAAGCGGUUCCAAGUGGAGCCGUCGGAGAUCAAGGCCAUGGACAAGCUCAUGACCUUCGAGCAAGGCUCGCUGCCAAGCGUCGCCGAGUACCAACGCUUGACAUCCGUCCCAGGUCUCCCGAUGGGCUUCAAAGCCAUCAAGCACUACUUCAUUUCGAGGUCGUGCCCGACGUUGAGCAACGCCUUGACGUAUGUCAAGGACACACUGACAACGACGGCGCAAUUGUUUGACAAGGCCGCACAGAUUAUCAUCACGAACAAGGAGGCGAAGAACCUCACUCGUGCUGCAGGCCCGAGCAAGGACCAGCAUCGGCCCAAGUUCGCCGACAUCUUCGAGUCACCUACCGGUGUGGUGCCGGAUCGGCCGAUCUCUCACGAGAUCAUUCUUGAGGCCGGUGUCGUGCCGCCGAAAGGUUGCAUCUAUCGGAUGAGCGAGGAGGAACUGAAGGUCCUUCGCGCACAACUCGACGACUUGUUGGCCAAGGGCUGGAUCCGCCCUAGCAGCUCCCCAUAUGGAGCACCAGUUCUCUUCGUAAGGAAGAAGAACAAGGAUCUACGUCUGUGCAUCGACUACCGCAAGCUCAACGCGCAAACUGUGAAAAAUGCGGGGCCUCUCCCUCGUAUCGACGAUCUUCUUGAGCGACUGGGCGGUGCUAAGUUCUUUUCCAAGUUGGACUUGAAGUCGGGGUAUCAUCAGAUUUCGAUACGCCCGAAUGAUUGCUACAAGACCGCAUUCAAGACGUGGUAUGGGCAUUUUGAGUGGGUGGUCAUGCCUUUUGGCCUCACCAAUGCCCUGGCAACCUUCCAGGCGGCCAUGACCCACGAGUUCCGUGCUAUGUUGGAUCGGUUCGUGCUGGUCUACCUAGACGACAUUCUCGUCUACAGUCGGACUCUGGAGGACCAUCUUGAGCAUCUUCGACGUGUGUUGGAGACGCUCCAUCGUGCCAAGUACCAAGCCAACCGCGACAAGUGCGAGUUUGUCCGGCAAGAGCUUGAGUACUUGGGCCAUUUUGUCACACCAGAGGGCAUCAGCCCGCUAUCGGAGAAAAUUCAAGCCAUCCAGGAGUGGCCGGAGCCGCGUAACGUCACGGAUGUCCGUUCGUUUCUUGGUCUUGCCGGCUACUAUCAGCGCUUCAUCAAGGGCUAUUCGAAGAUCGCGGCCCACUUGACCAAGCUUCAAUGCGAGGAUCGGCCGUUUGACUUCGACGAGGAUGCGCGGGAAUCUUUCUUGGCUCUCAAAGCUGCACUUUUGUCAGCGGAGGUCUUGCGAAUCUACGACCCGCUAUUGCCUAUACGCGUCACUACUGAUGCGUCCAGCUAUGGUAUUGGCGCUGUCCUCGAGCAACACGAUGGCGUGGACUGGCACCCGGUCGAGUAUUUCAGCAAGAAGGUGCCCGCCGUGCACUCUAUUGAUGACGCGAGGAAGAAGGAAUUAUUGGCCUUYGUACACGCACUCAAGCGCUGGCGGCAUUUCCUUCUUGGUAGACGGCAGUUCYGAURGGUAACGGACAACAAUCCSUUGGUCUUUUACAAGACCCAGGACACARUCAACAGCACCAUUGCCYGGUGGAYGGCCUUCAUUGACCAGUUUGACUUCUUCSCCRAUCACAUUCCGGGCAAGUCAAACCGUUUUGCGGAUGCUCUUUCACGACGUCCGGACCAUUGCACCGUCGUCUACUCGACUUUCGAGAUUGAUAACGACUUGCGGGACAAUUUUAUCCGCGGCUACCAGGCCGACCCCGAGUUUCGCGACAAGUACGCAAAUUGUUCCUCGCCCAAUCCGGCACCUUCUCACUAUCGGAUCCAGGAGGGAUAUUUGCUUGUCCCCUCGCGGGGGAAGGAUCUUCUUUGCAUACCGAGUGACCCUCACUUGCGUACACGGCUUCUUGGCGAGCUCCACGAUGCUCCCGCCACCGGACAUUUUGGCGUCAAUCGAACGAUUGGCCGACUUCGCGAGCGAUUUUGGUGGCCCGGUCUUCUCGACGACGUCACACGCUACUGCGAGUCAUGUGAGAUUUGCCGACGUUGCAAAUCCCGCAAUCAUCGUCCGUAUGGCGAGUUGCGACCACUACCAGUUCCCUUGCGCCGACGAGAGGCGAUUGCCAUGGAUAUCACUUGGCCAUUCCCCAAGCACAAGACCGGUGUGGAUGGGAUUCUCACGGUAGUCGAUCGACUCACCAAGUUUGCCAUGUUUUUGCGUUGUCGCUAUCAUGCCAAGGCACCAGAGUUGGCCGAGGUUCUCUACGCCGGUUGGAUUCGAACCAAGGGUUACCCCAAGGAAAUCGUCUGCGACCGCGACACUCGGUUCAUGUUUGGUUUUUGGUUGGCGCUCACCAAACGAUGGGGCUCAUCUCUCAAGCCUAGUUCAGCUCGCCACCCUGAAACAGAUGGCCAGACGGAGAGGGCGCACCAAACGGCACAGGUUCUCCUUCUUACUCUCAUCCGUCCCGAUCAGAAGGAUUGGGUUGAGCGGCUGCCGGAUGUCGAAUUGGCCUACAAUUCGUCCAUCCACCCGGCUAUUGGGAUGUCGCCUUUCGAGUUUGAGCAUGGCUCUCCGGUCACUUCUCCGUUGGACACCAUCGUUCCACGCACGGCCGAGAGCGACGACCAUCUCUUUUUCUUGCGUCGGAUGCAAGAGCUUCUUGUCAAGGCACGCAAUCAGAUGGCAAAGACGCAGCAAUGCAUGAGCCAGCAGGCCAAUCGCCAGCGUUUUCCUUGUCCAUUCCUCGCCGACGACCUCGUGUGGGUUUCCGCCGCGGAAUUCAACCUUGAGCAGGAUAUCUCUCGCAAGCUCCUCCCGAAAUGGAUGGGGCCAUGGCCGAUUGUAGCACCUGCUGGGGAUGCACCUGAGGGACCUUCCUUCACUGUUCAGGUGCCUGCCCACUUGCCCAUCUACCCGGUUUUCCAUUGCUCCAAGUUGGCGUUGUACACACCAGCAGACCAGGAUGACUUUCCCGGGCGACGAUCGCAAGACCCACCCUCUAUGGACGACUUUCAGGAGGCAUUGGCAAGAGCAGCCUCCUGGACGGGCCAGCACUAUAUAAGACUGGCCCGCCCUACAGGUUGGGAGAGACGAGAGGAGACUGCCCAGGCACUCAACGUGCACUUCUACAGGAGGCAGUAGUCUUCAGGAUUCGGCUGCAGUAGUAGAGUAGCGUUAGCAGUAGUCUUCAGCGCUGGGCACUAGU